UAGCCUCGGUCGGCGCCGGCUGCAGGCUCAGCCUCGGCAUCAGGACAGCAUGAAGACGGCGGUGGUUUUCACGGCGUUGGCCUUGUUCUGGCAGCACAGUCUGGUUACUGGACACGCACUGGGACGGCCCUCGCUUCCCAGUAACCUGGACCAGUUAAAGUCGCUGCUGGAGCGGAUCGAGGAGACUCUGGCUGACGAACCUCAGGAGGAGUCGGAUUACGAGGAGCCGAUCCGGGAAGCCGAACCGAGCCGGGACGGAAGUCCGGAGCAGCAGAACCGGCCGUCGGAGGCGAGUCAGCGGAACCGGCUGAACGACCUGCUGCUGAGCCUCAGGAAGCGGGCCUCCAGCUGCUUCGGCACACGCAUGGACCGGAUAGAAAACAGCAGCGGCCUGGGAUGCAACAGCGGCAGAGGGUAGCCGGACGGAGGGUUGGAUCGAAGCCACGAUUCUGUCAUCCUGAAAAUCGAUUAUUGAUUAUGUAAAUAUGAGAGGUUCACCAUAUGAAGUGGAAAUUUAUCUGUCAGCCAACAAAUUUACUCUGUGUGUCGUUUUCUAACACAAACGUAAAAUUAAAGGUAAAAAGAAAUAAAUUACAUAUUUUCUUAAAAAUCGUUUCAGUUCUCUUGUUUAAUUAAAGAUACAAACUAAAUAUUUAGAUUAUUUAGCUUGCUAAUUAAAUAUUUAGUUUGAAACUGUGACAUUUAUAAAAUAAAUUCUGUUUUCACAAACUAAAUAAUAAUUUGUGAGCUAAAUAUUUCAUUAAAAAGCUAAAUAAGCUAAAUUUAAGCUUUGUCAUUUUAAUUGGAAAACUAAAUAAUCUAAAUAUGUAAUUUAGCUUAUCGAGCUAAACUAAAUAAUUUUAAUUAAAUAGUUUAUUUAGCUACAUCUGUGUUUACAAACAAAAAUUAUUUGUAAACUAUUUUUAGAAUACAAACUAAAAAUAUUUAGUGUCUCCACUGUUUAUUGAAUAACUAAAUAUUUACAACUAUUUAAAUAUUUAAUUUAAAAACUAAAUAUUUAGUUUAUUUAUCUUGCUAAUUAAAUAUUUAGUUUUAAAUUUCCAUUUACAAAUAAAAUUCUGUUAUUUCAGACUAAAUGACCCCAAAUUAUUUCUUAGUCUUUGACUUUAUAACUUUACAAACAAACAAAUCAAACAACUUUCACUUUCAGAGCCGUCAAAAUAAAUGUCCUGAUUUAUUUCCACAAAGCGCCGGGGGGGGGCAGGUUGUUUUGUUUUCACACUUUAUUGAAUAUUUAGAAAUGUCUUCAACUUUAAUAGUUUAGUUAUGUUGCAUAAAUCUCCCAGUGAUGUUAAAAUUGACAUUAAAUCUCCUUAUGUCCAAAUUAAUACACGUUUUUAAAGAAUGUUCUAAUUUUGUAUGACUGUAUGAUAUAAUAUAUUACAAACAUAGUUUUAUUAUCCUCAUCAGCUGUUUUUCAUGUACAUUUGUUGUUUAUUUUAAUCCACUUUUAUGUCUGAUGAAUCUGAAGAUGAGAUCAUCUUAAAAACAAACUAAAUAAAGUGAUUUCAGAUCAAUCAAA